AUGUCUGGCACUGCCUGCACCAACAAAGGUGCCUUAAAUAAGAAGGGGGCGCUGGGGAAAAGAGGGGAAGGGAGCGAUUUCAUCGGUGAAGGGUGGAAGCAGGUCGUGAAUCGCGUCGGGCAGGGGGAAAGAAGAAGGGUGCACAUCUUUUGGCAAAGCAGAGCUUGGGGAAGUGUGUUUUUCCUGGAUUUAGUCUUUGCGAUGCAUUCUUGUGAGGUUUUGUGGAUGGCGGCGAUCGUCUUCCUCCUUGAGCUCGCUGCGAGCAAUGGAUUCCCUUUAGGUAAAGGAAGUGGUAUUGGGAUGGUGAUAGAGGACACAAAGACGGAGUGACCGAGAGGAGGAGACGGAAUGCAAGCCACAUUGUUUAGGGCUGCUAUACAUGAUAUUCAUUCGAAACCUUUGAUUGUAUUGAGAUUAAGAGCUUUAGCUUAAAUAUAUAUAUAUAUAUAUAUAUAUAUAUAUAUAUAUAUAUAUAUAUAUAUAUAUAUAUAUAUAUAUAUAUAACUGAGGUUGUUAUUGCUAUGUCGAAGUUACAAAUCAUAUAGCCCGGAUGUUUCAGUUAGUAUCAGAGCAGCCACUCCCAAAGGACAGUAUGUGCAUGCAAUUUCGUCAAGGACUCGAAUACUACCGUCUUCAAGUCUGUAAAGGAAGUGGUAUUGGGAUGGUGAUAGAGGACAUGAAGACGGAGUGAAUGAGAGGAGUCGAAAAGUAAGCCACACUGUCCAGGGCCACUAUGCAUGAUAUUCAAUCGGAACCUUUGAUUGUAUUGAGAUUAAGAGCUUUAGCUUAAAUAUAUAUAAAAAAAACUGAGGUUGUUAUUGCAUUGUCAAAGUUAC